AUGAGACAUAUAUCUUUAGAUAAAAUAGUGUUUUCAUGGAAAGGGAAUGUAUAUAGAAGAGGUAUAACUAUAGCUGAUGUAGAUAAUGAUGGAGACAAUGAGUUGGUUGUCGGUAGUCUUGAAGGUAACUUGUCUAUCUUUAAAGGUAUAGAUCCUAAUCCUUGGAAGGUUGAUCAUAACUUGGGUUCUAUUACUUGUGUAUCAGUUGGUGACCUUUUGAAUAAUGGCAAGAAUUUAUUGGUUGUCAUAUCAUCAGAAGGACUUAUAAAUAUUUAUAAUGUACAACAAGAUACAAAUAGUUUAACUCCUAUACUUUCACAUCGAUUGCCACCAAAUGCAAGUGCCAUCUUAAUAUCUGAUAUUGAUAAUGAUAAUAAGAAUGAACUUGUUAUUGGUACAUAUGAUCAUACACUUUAUUCAUUCUCAUUUUCAUUGGAUCCAAAUACAAAUAAUAAUAAUAACAAUAAUAAUAAUAACAAUAAUAAUAAUAAUAAUAAUAAUAAUAAUAAUGAUAAUAAUAAUAAUAAUAAUAAUAUAGAACAAAAAUAUUUAUUAAAUUUAAAGAAUAAGUGGCAAUUACCAGGACAAAUAGCAAACUUGACAAUGGCAAAAAACAAAGAAGGUAAAGAUGUUUUAUUGAUUGGUUUGUGUGAAGGUACCAACUACUUGGUACUUCAUAAUGGUUCGUUGUACAAAGAAGGUGGGUCGGGUGCUGAAGGACAAAAUAGAGCUCCUUUACCCACCUCUGGAAGUAGUGGAAAUAUUAUAGUCGACACGCUACCCAUUGCAGAUUUGACAUCGUCUCCUCCACUUGGAUUCGAUGGUAUGCGCAAGAGAAAAACUGAAAUUAUUACAUUUAUUUCAACACCAAUCAGCAGUACUGGAAAAGGCUCUAAAUUGGCUCAACAAGAGGCUAUCGAACCAAACCCUAUAAUUGACCAACAACAACAACAAGGAGAAGAAGAGGAUGAAAAUUCACAAGCAAGAUUGGUACCGAUUGCAACAUUGGAAGGAGUACUAAAAUUACAAAGGGUUGGAGGAGGACCCGUUUGGAAGAUGGAGAUUGAAGAUAUGGGAAGUGGUCAAUUGAUAGCAUUGUAUACACUCAACCUACUACAAGGCGACAAUCAAGAGGAUGAAUAUGAAAAAAAAAAUAAUGGAAAAUCGGCAAUCGUGGCUUGUGGAUGGGAUGGUCUCACCUUGAUCAUUGACCACAACAAGAAUCUUAUAUCUUUUAAAUUUAGUGACAUGGUUUGUGCUUUUACCGCUGGAAACUAUUCACUUUGUCAUGGAAGCAAGACCACUUGUUUUGUAUAUGUAGGAUUCUUUGGAGAGAUUGUCAUGUAUUACAACAUUGCUUCCAACAUUGAACCUGCACACAGUCUAAAAUGGUCGGUUCGACCAGAGAUUGAAGAAAUGUUAAAAUCACUCUCUCUUGAAUCAAAAAUCGAUAUCAAUGACCUUUAUCAAGCACUAGUUUCAAACAAAUUGGAUCUUAACCUUUUAAAAUUAUAUAAAGAUAAAUUAAAUUCAAACUAA